GUACGACUUACCUGCUUGGGAUGCAAUCAUCAGAGCGGUGUUGCCUUCAUUGUCCUGGUGAUUUGUGUCUAUAAAGGGACAGUUGUGGAGCCCAUAUACAAUGUCCACGAAACCUUUGAAGCAAGCCACCAUCAAGCCAUUCUGUUGGUAAUAACGAAUCUUCCGCAGAGAGACGGGUUCAUUACGAGCGCAUGCUUGAUACAGUGUUGAUGCUGCACGCCCGUUUGCUAUCUCCGGCAUGUGCUGUGGAAGCACCGAGUCGUCAGAGAGGAUGCUGUCUGAAUCGGACUCGCUCUCCAACAGAGACAUGCCGUCCUCAUCAGGGCCUGAGCCCAGGUGGGGGUCCUCCGAUGCGGUGGCCAUCUUCCAACAGCAAAACAGAGCAGAGAGGUCACAGUUUCCUCCUGGGCCUGUAAAUAGAGGUUUCAGAAGCCAACCGGGAAAAACUGUUGCCCGAUGAAAAAGAUCAGGACAUGCGGACACAGUUCAAGUGGACCAGAAAGUCCAGUGUGGCUGAAGGAUGCAGAGCAGAGUCUUACUCUGUGGCGGGCAGUGACGGCAGUAUCCCCCCAUCAGUGGUCUCUGUGCCCCACCAGGCCUCAGGCAGCUCCAGCCCCUGCUCACACUCCUCGUCUGGAGGAUCACGGCACCCUGUCAGCGCCCUCAAGAAAUGGCUCACCAAUCCCGUCCGCAAGCUGAGCUCUGAUACCAGAGGAGGAGCGGGAAAGGUCGAGAAGCAGAUGAACAGUUCAGACGAGAGGCAGCCGCCUUCGUUCCUUUCCCGCAAUGAAACUCAGCCAAGGCCUCUGGACCUGCACAACACCUACACCAUCCUCACCUCUGGAGAUACAGUGUGGAAAGACGGUCUGUUGAGUCCAGCAACUCCUUCACCUACACAGCCGUCCUGUCAGGGCUACUUAUCUGACGUCCUGCAAGGCAGAGACACACAGAGUCUAAGUCAAAAAUCCAGCAUCAACACUCUCCAGUGGGAAGACGGCUGCACUGUGACUGAUGACUCAGCCAGCCAGUGGUCUGCUACAGUGGACAGCGAAGAGGAGAGAAACAUUGCCUUAGAGAAAAGCAUAUAUGUGCUGACUGAGCUGAUAGAGACAGAAAGGCUGUAUGUGGAAGAUCUUGGGCUCAUAGUUCAGGGCUACAUGGCCACCAUGGCCAAUCAGGGAAUUCCAGAGGACAUGAAAGGGAAGGACAGGAUUGUGUUUGGAAACAUCCACCAGAUCUACGACUGGCAUAAGGAUUAUUUCCUGGGAGAGCUGGAGAAAUGUGUGGUUGAACCAGACAGCCUGGCCCACCUCUUCAUCAAACACGAACGGCGUCUUCACAUGUAUGUGGUUUACUGUCAGAACAAACCCAAAUCAGAGCACAUUGUCUCUGAGUACAUUGAGACCUACUUUGAGGAUCUCAGGCAGCAGUUGGGUCACAGGCUGCAGCUCAACGAUCUGCUCAUCAAACCCGUUCAGAGGAUCAUGAAGUAUCAGCUACUGCUGAAGGACUUCCUGAAGUACUACAGGAAAGCAGGAAGGGAUGUUGAGGAGCUGCAGAGUGCGGUGGAGGUGAUGUGUUUUGUGCCAAAACGCUGUAAUGAUAUGAUGAAUGUGGGCAGGCUCCAAGGUUUUGAGGGGAAAAUCACAGCUCAGGGGAAGCUGCUCCAGCAGGAUACCUUCUCUGUCAGCGAGCAGGAAAGUGGCCUCCUGUCCAAAGCCAAGGAGAGGCGGGUCUUCCUGUUUGAGCAGCUCGUCAUCUUCAGUGAGCCAAUCGAUAAGAAAAAAGGUUUCUCUUUGCCAGGGUACACUUUUAAAAACAGCAUCAAGGUCAGCUGUUUGGGCGUGGAGGAGCACUCUGAGGAAGAUCCAUGCUGUCUGGUCUUGACAUCCCGCGGGACUGACGGCAGUGUGACGCGCUUCAUCAUGCAGGCGUCGUCUCCAGAAAUACAGCACGCUUGGCUCAGUGAUGUGAUCCAGAUCCUAGAGACUCAGAGAAACUUCCUUAAUGCCCUUCAGUCUCCAAUUGAGUACCAACGCCGGGAAAGCAAGUCAAACAGCUUGGGCAGGAAUAUGGAGUCUAGAUCUGUGUGUGGUCAACGACCUCACUCCUCAGCAUCCAUGGACCGACGUCAGCGACCCUGUCUGCUGUCUUACAACAACUCCCUGCCCUCUCUGCAUCCAGCACAACACUGCCCGGCUGCGAAGGCAGUUUCUAAUCCUUGUGCUGUGAUACCUGGUGCAGCUGACUCUCCACUCUCCCCCUUCCAUCAACUCAGUCUGUGCACAGAGGUGAGACAUGCCUGUGGGACGUCCAAUUGCCUGCCACCCUGCAGCCAGCACAGCAUGCAGGUUGUGACUGCCAGUUUCCAGGCGACCACAUUAAAUGACGGUGGGAGUUAUUCAGCGUAUCGACCAAACAACCUGGAUCAGCUCACAGAGAGCGAGCAGUAAUAACCUGCGCGGACAAAUGAACUCACUUUACCCCUCUGGAGUAAAAACGCCUCGACUGAGUCAGAGUGCUCUGUCAGCAUUGUUUGUUUCCCUUGUACAGAAAUCAUCAAGGUCUCAGUGUUUCUGUCUUCACACAUUAUCCUAAAUUUCCUUCACAUAACAUUGUGAUUUAGGCUUAUCUGGAUUUGAUCUCGGUUUAAUAAUUUGUGUGUAGAUGUGUGUAUACUCUGCAUGUACACACAUCUACAGAUGGUGAUGACAAAUUAGUUUAAAAAAUAUGUGUUUGAAGCACCACAGAGACUGUACUUUAUAUUGUAUAUGUAUACAUUUCUUACUUUUUCCAUUGAAAAUUCCUUGAUGGAUAUUUUUGUAAUGCGUAAUAUUUUCAUAAGGGACCAAUUCCAUUUAAUCCCACUGAGAACUGGGAUCUCAAAUCCCUUUACACAAUCAUACUCUGUAGAUGUCCGUACAUUCCCUGCAUGUUAGCAAAUAGCUGUGUUUUCCCUUCGGUGGGCUAUUUUAACCCUGCCAUUGUUACAGUGUUAUCUGAACUAAACACAUUUGAAAACUCACAUAGAGCACACAUCAGAAAGAGGAAAAAGGGAACAAUGAUAAAACAGAGAUCUUCAUCUUUCACUGUCCUAUUGAAUGGUAAUAAUCUCAUGUGGGAUCAUGUGGGAUCAUAUCAAUGCAUCUCUUUCACAUGUGGUGUCCUGAUAUACACAGAAUUAAAGAGAAAUGCUGUUCA